AGAGAGAGAGAGAGAGCCCGGGAGCAACAGAAGCAGCAGCAAGAAAAAGAAGGCAGAACAGAGCGGACAAGCAGCAGCAAGAAGCCGGCCAGGGAGACCCGGCAGCCCGGGGAGUUCCGCCGGCUUCCCCGCUCCCUGGAUGCCGCCGGCCCCUCGGACUCCCAUCCACUUCCCCGCUUUGGACGGUCCGUGAGAGGGCGGCGAGAGACCCCCGGGCGCUUGGGGGCGUCGCGGGAGGGGAAGGAGCCGCUCGCUCGGCUUUGGAUUAAAUCGGCCUCCCGGGAGACGAGCGGCAGCAGCAGCAGCAGCGGGGGAAAGAGGAGCAGAGGUGGCCGUGGCGGCAGCAGCAGCAGCAAGAGGAAGGAAGAAGGCAAAAGGGAGAGGAAGGGAGCCCUGCCAAGAAGCAGCGCCCGGCAAGGAGGGCUUGGCUGGCGGCGGGGGCAGCGGCGGCGCUGCUGCUGCUGCGAGGGGAGCCGACGGGGAGCCAGCAUGACCAGGCUUUGAAAAUUCUUCAUCUGGAAUUUCAGAUUGGAGAGACUCGCAGUGGUUUAUAAGCCAGUGAUCGAAGCCGCCAAAGUAUGCUGGUGCCAAGCUGUCGGAGGAUGCAUGUAGCCAGGCCAGUAGUACUGCUCCUCUGCUUCCUGCUCUGUGCUGAUGCUGAAACACCACCAAAGUUUACAAGAACACCCGUUGACCAGAUAGGAGUCUCUGGGGGAGUCGCAUCAUUCAUCUGCCAAGCUACGGGAGACCCGAGACCUAAGAUUGUCUGGAACAAAAAGGGCAAGAAAGUCAGCAAUCAGAGAUUUGAGGUAGUAAUAGAGUUUGAUGAUGGAUCUGGAUCCGUUCUCAGAAUACAACCGCUACGGACUCCACGAGAUGAAGCUAUUUAUGAAUGUGUUGCUUCCAACAGUGUUGGAGAAAUAAGUGUGUCCACAAGACUCACUGUGUUACGUGAGGAUCAAAUUCCUCGUGGUUUCCCCACCAUUGAUAUGGGUCCGCAACUAAAGGUGGUUGAACGCACUAGAACGGCCACCAUGUUAUGUGCAGCCAGUGGCAAUCCUGAUCCUGAAAUAACUUGGUUCAAAGAUUUUUUACCCGUGGACACGAGCAACAACAAUGGACGUAUCAAACAAUUACGAUCAGAAUCUAUUGGUGGUACACCAAUAAGAGGUGCCCUCCAAAUCGAACUGAGUGAAGAAUCUGACCAAGGCAAAUAUGAGUGUGUUGCAACCAACAGUGCAGGGACACGGUAUUCUGCCCCUGCCAAUCUAUAUGUCAGAGAGCUGCGAGAAGUUCGUCGGGUCCCACCAAGGUUUUCGAUCCCACCCACCAACCAUGAAAUUAUGCCCGGAGGGAGUGUUAACAUCACCUGUGUUGCUGUGGGGUCUCCAAUGCCAUAUGUGAAAUGGAUGCUGGGAGCAGAAGAUCUUACCCCGGAAGAUGACAUGCCAAUAGGAAGGAAUGUCCUGGAGCUAAAUGACGUCAGGCAAUCUGCAAAUUACACUUGUGUUGCUAUGUCUACUCUUGGUGUUAUAGAAGCAAUAGCACAGAUAACUGUGAAAGCCUUACCCAAACCUCCAGGAACUCCUGUUGUAACAGAAAGCACAGCAACAAGCAUCACUUUGACUUGGGAUUCUGGAAACCCUGAGCCAGUGUCUUAUUACAUAAUCCAACAUAAACCUAAAAACUCUGAGGAACUCUAUAAGGAAAUUGAUGGAGUCGCCACAACUCGAUACAGCGUCGCCGGUUUGAGUCCUUAUUCUGAGUAUGAGUUCAGAGUUGUUGCUGUCAACAACAUUGGGCGGGGGCCACCCAGUGAACCGGUUUCAACGCGGACCUCGGAGCAAGCACCGUCUAGCGCACCACGCAAUGUACAAGCCCGUAUGUUGAGCUCAACCACAAUACUGGUGCAGUGGGAAGAACCCGAGGAACCCAACGGACAAAUACAAGGCUACAGAGUUUAUUACACCAUGGACCCCUCCCAACAUGUCAACAGCUGGUUGAAACACAAUGUGGCCGACAGCCAUAUAACCACCAUUGGGAAUCUAAUACCACAGAAAACUUACUCUGUGAAAGUUCUUGCUUUUACCUCCGUUGGAGAUGGGCCUCUUUCUAGUGACAUUCAAGUCAUCACUCAGACAGGAGUCCCAGGGCAGCCAUUGAAUUUCAAAGCUGAACCAGAAUCCGAAACAAGCAUACUCCUUUCUUGGACCCCUCCACGGUCUGACACAAUCUCCAACUAUGAUCUUGUUUACAAAGAUGGAGAGCAUGGAGAAGAGCAGCGGAUUUCCAUUGAUCCAGCUACAACUUACCACUUGCAAGGCCUAAAACCAAAUAGUUUGUAUUACUUCCGUCUGUCUGCACGCUCUCCACAAGGCCUCGGUGCUUCAACGGCAGAAAUAUCAGCUAGAACAAUGCAGUCAAAGCCAUCAGCUCCUCCUCAAGACAUUAGUUGCAAGAGCCCCAGCUCCACUAGUAUUUUGGUAAGUUGGCAGCCUCCGCCAGUGGAAAAACAGAACGGAAUUAUCACUUCCUACUCCAUCAAGUACACUGGAAUUGAUGGAGAAGAUGACAAGCCCCACGAAAUUUUGGGAAUUGCUCCGGACACGUCACAGUACCUUUUGGAACAGUUGGAAAAAUGGACUGAAUAUCGGAUUUCUGUGACAGCCCACACUGAUGUUGGACCUGGCCCAGAGAGUGAAUCUGUGUUGAUCCGAACAGAUGAAGAUGUUCCUAGUGGUCCUCCUCGCAAAGUCGAGGUAGAGGCUGUCAACUCUACAGCUGUUAAAGUGUUGUGGCGUUCACCAGUGCCCAAUAAGCAGCAUGGUCAAAUCCGAGGGUACCAGGUGCAUUAUGUGAAAAUGGAAAAUGGAGAGCCCAGGGGGCAACCCAUGCUGAAGGAUAUCAUGUUGGCUGAUGCACAGUGGGAAUAUGAUGAUACUACUGAACAUGAAAUGAUAAUAGCGGGAUUGCAGCCUGAGACAACCUAUUCUCUCACUGUGACGGCCUAUACGACCAAAGGAGAUGGAGCACGAAGCAAACCCAGACUGGUGUCCACGACUGGUGCAGUUCCAGGAAAACCUCGGCUUGUGAUUAGCCACACACAAAUGAGUACAGCUCUAAUUCAGUGGCACCCGCCUGUCGACACAUAUGGCCCUCUGCAGGGCUACCGCCUGAGGUUUGGCCGCAAAGACAUAGAUGCCUUUACGACGCGGGAUUUCACCGACAAGGAUGACCACUACACCGCGACAGAUAUUCACAAGGGGACUUCGUAUGUCUUCAGGCUUUCAGCUAGAAAUAAAGUGGGCUUUGGGGAGGAGAUGGUAAAGGAAAUUUCGAUUCCAGAAGAUCUGCCAAGCGGAUUCCCUCAAAACCUGCGCUCGGAAAGUGCCACCUCAACUUCAGUCCAGCUCUCUUGGCAACCGCCCGUCCUAUCAGAAAGAAAUGGUAUUAUCACCAAAUACACUCUGCAGUACAGGGAUAUCAAUGUGGCACAUCACCAAACGGAGAUGUCUGUUGUUCCUGCUGAUAUUACUAUGACGCUUUCAGGCUUAAAACCAGAUACCACAUAUGAUGUAAAAAUACGUGCACACACAAGCAAAGGGCCUGGUCCAUAUAGUCCCAGUGUCCAGUUCAGGACACUACCUGUGGAUCAAGCAGUGUUUGCAAAAAAUUUUCAUGUCAAAGCAGUGAUGAAGACAUCAGUAUUGCUCUCUUGGGAGAUACCAGAGAAUUACAACUCUGCUCUGCCUUUCAAAAUCCUGUACGAUGAUGGGAAAAUGGCAGUUGAGGUAGAUGGCCGAGCCACUCAGAAACUUAUCACCAACCUGAAACCUGAGACAUCAUAUUCAUUUGUACUGACCAAUAGAGGCAAUAGCGCUGGAGGUCUUCAGCACAGGGUAACAGCAAAAACAGCACCAGAUGUACUGCGAACCCAACCACUGUUCAUUGAUAAGACCAAUGUCGAUGGAAUGGUAACAGUGAAGCUACCAGAUGUUCCUGCAAACAAAACUAUAAAAGGUUACUAUAUAGUAAUUGUGCCUUUGAUAAAGAAAUCUGAUGGAAAAUUCAUGAAACCACGAGAGAGCCCAGACGAAAUGGAAUUAGACGAGCUACUUAAAGAGAUAGCACGGAAACGCCGAAGUAUUCGUUUGGGGAGGGAAGCAGAUUUAAAGCCAUAUAUUGCAGCACACUUUGAAGUUCUUCCUACUGAGUUCACCCUGGGGGAUAAGAAACAGUAUGGUGGUUUUGAAAACAAGCAGCUCCAAAACGGCCAAGAAUAUGUCGUCUUUAUUUUAGCUGUUAUGGAACACUCGGAAUCUACCAUGUAUGCAACCAGCCCAUAUUCUGAAACGGUUGUAUCAGUGGAUCUUAACCCCCAGCCAAUUACAGAUGAAGAAGAAGGCUUGAUUUGGGUUGUAGGACCAGUUCUUGCAGUUGUGUUUAUCAUCUGUAUUGUUAUAGCUAUACUCCUUUACAAAAGCAGUAAACCUGACAGGAAAAGGGCAGAGACGGACUCUAGAAAGAGCAGCAUACCCAACAACAAGGAGAUUCCUUCCCAUCACCCCACAGAUCCAGUAGAGCUACGGCGCCUUAAUUUUCAGACUCCAGGAUCAAGUGUCUCUGGUUACCCUGGUAACCCACAUUCUUCAAGUAUGGCUAGCCAUCCACCAAUACCUAUUUCAGAACUUGCGGAUCACAUCGAAAGGCUGAAGGCUAAUGACAACCUCAAGUUUUCCCAAGAAUAUGAGUCAAUUGACCCAGGGCAGCAAUUCACAUGGGAACACUCUAACCUGGAAGUAAAUAAACCAAAGAAUAGAUACGCGAAUGUCAUCGCUUAUGACCAUUCUCGAGUUCUCCAAUCAGCAAUAGAAGGCAUACCAGGGAGUGAUUAUAUAAAUGCUAACUACAUAGACGGCUACAGAAAACAGAAUGCCUAUAUAGCAACACAAGGAGCUCUUCCUGAAACUUUUGGAGAUUUCUGGAGAAUGAUCUGGGAACAAAGGGGCGCAACGGUUGUCAUGAUGACCAAACUGGAAGAGAGGUCCAGGGUGAAAUGUGAUCAGUAUUGGCCAAGCAGAGGAACCGAAACGUAUGGACUGAUCCAGGUGACCUUGUUGGACACUGUAGAAUUGGCAACGUACUGUGUUAGAACAUUUGCACUUUACAAGAACGGAUCGAGUGAGAAGAGAGAAGUGAGGCAGUUCCAGUUCACUGCCUGGCCUGACCAUGGAGUUCCAGAACAUCCGACGCCAUUCCUAGCUUUCUUACGACGAGUCAAAACCUGUAAUCCUCCCGAUGCUGGGCCAAUGCUUGUUCACUGCAGUGCUGGAGUUGGCAGGACCGGCUGUUUCAUUGUAAUAGAUGCCAUGCUGGAGAGAAUAAAGCAUGAAAAGACUGUAGAUAUUUAUGGCCACGUAACACUAAUGAGAGCCCAGAGGAAUUACAUGGUUCAAACAGAGGACCAAUACAUCUUUAUCCACGAUGCACUGCUUGAAGCAGUGACAUGUGGAAAUACCGAAGUGCCAGCCAGAAACCUGUAUGCAUAUAUUCAGAAGCUGACACAGAUAGAAGCAGGAGAGAAUGUCACAGGAAUGGAACUUGAAUUUAAGCGGCUAGCCAGCUCUAAAGCUCACACUUCAAGAUUCAUCAGUGCCAAUCUUCCAUGUAAUAAAUUUAAAAAUCGCCUUGUUAAUAUUAUGCCAUAUGAAUCCACAAGGAUAUGUUUGCAGCCUAUUAGAGGGGUAGAAGGGUCUGAUUAUAUCAAUGCCAGCUUUAUCGAUGGAUACAGGCAACAAAAAGCCUAUAUCGCUACACAGGGACCUUUGGCAGAAACAACGGAAGAUUUCUGGAGAAUGCUUUGGGAGCACAAUUCAACCAUCGUAGUCAUGCUUACUAAACUGCGAGAAAUGGGCAGAGAAAAAUGCCACCAGUAUUGGCCAGCAGAGCGCUCAGCCAGGUAUCAGUACUUUGUGGUGGAUCCCAUGGCAGAGUACAACAUGCCGCAGUACAUCCUAAGGGAGUUCAAGGUCACAGAUGCCAGGGACGGCCAGUCUCGGACGGUGAGGCAGUUCCAGUUCACCGAUUGGCCUGAACAAGGAGUGCCAAAGUCGGGAGAAGGGUUUAUCGAUUUCAUAGGCCAAGUUCAUAAAACAAAAGAGCAGUUUGGGCAAGAUGGGCCAAUCUCGGUUCACUGUAGUGCUGGUGUUGGAAGGACCGGAGUGUUCAUAACCCUGAGCAUUGUGUUGGAAAGAAUGAGAUAUGAAGGUGUUGUAGAUAUCUUCCAGACUGUCAAAAUGUUAAGGACGCAACGGCCAGCCAUGGUACAGACAGAGGAUCAAUAUCAGUUCUGCUAUCGAGCCGCACUAGAAUACCUGGGCAGCUUUGAUCACUAUGCAACGUAAAACAAAAUCCCUGACCGUCCUGGAUUUUUAACUGCAGGCCCUUUAAGAUCCAGAGAGCCUCUUCUGAGCCAUACAGUGUGCUUGAGAAGUACUUCUUAACUCCUAACUAAAGACCAAUUAGUGGGGAAAUAUUAAAAGGAAAACAAACAAAAACAAAAAACAAAAAACUGUUCCAGGUGGACCAACAAUUCACAGUUCAAUAAACCUUACCAGAAACAUAAUAAAAGAAUCCAGACUGGUUGAGGCAUCUGAAGGAUUUCAUGUUACAGAUACCUCAAGGAUUCAGCUUUGGUUGAAGUUAAAGGGAAGAGCAAAUUCUGCAAAGAACCAUCAUCUUGUUCAGGAUUGCAUGAUAGUUAACAACGUGGAACUUGGGAGUCCUGCAAUUCGGUGCGAGAUGUUUGUCCAAGGGCCAGUACCUGGCUGCUCUGAGAAAAGACGAACUCUUUGCUUCAGCAUCUCCCCUUCCUACCAUAUUGCUCAUAAAUAACACUUUGGGGGGUGGGAGGGGAAAGGGCGAAUGUUUAAAAAGAAAGUCCUUGAUUUAGUUUUUUAGUAUUGUAAAGAUACUGCUGACCUGUGCUUCAUUUUUAACUGUGUAAACUUUUUUCCUUUUUUUAUUUUAAACAAAAAGUUUAUCAUUCAAUGAAGUGAAUUUGGAGGGGAAAAAGUUGCAUAACUGUUCAUUAUUAUUUUUUGUUUGUUUCAGAAUUGUAGAUUUUUUUAUGCUGUAGAACUGUUACCUGUAAUAUCUCGCUGUAGAAAUGUUAAAUAAUUUGAAAAAUUGCACAUUUUUGUGCAACCCUAUAUUUAUCUCCAGGACCACAUUCUCAUUUAGAUAAUUGCUUUUACAUUUUGAUUUUUUAUUAUUAUUAUUAAAAAAAUAUGAAAUAUAAAUCAGUUAAUAUACAUAUGGAAGGUUUUGUUUUUUGUUUCUUUUGGAAUCAACAGGGAAGCGCAAAGUAUAAAGCUGCUAUUAACACACACACACACACACACACACACACACCUUUCUCUUUAUAUCUAUAAAUAUAUGUAUAUCUCUACUAUUGUCUCUCUAUCAAUCUACAAUUAUGCACGUAGAUAGAUAGACAGAAAUGCAUAUAUCGCAUAUCAGUUCUUCCAUGACUUGGAUUUAUUGAAGCAGUGGAGGAGGGGAGGAGAAUCCAAAAUGCUACAUUCAGUCCAUACAAUAUUUCUGAACAUGUCUGCAUCUCAUUGUUUUGCUUUGAGGGCUUUUGUUUUGUUGUCUGUUUUCCAGGGGAAAUGAGGAAUGCACAUCAGUGAUACUUGAAACUCAGUCCUACCCCCCCAAAAAAAAGAAAAGAAAGAAAAAGGAAAAAAAGGAUGGAAAUCAUAUGUACACGCAUCUCACACAUACAAAAACACCUUAGUGUAACACCUUAGUGCAAUAAACAAACCAUACUAAAUAUAGGAAGUGUGCAUGUGGGAAAGGUCAGUGCAUAUUCCCUUAGGAGGGGAGAAUGUUGUAAUAUAAUAGUUGUCAAGAUGUUUUAAAAAUGUAUUCACUUGUAUAAUUGUCUAUAGUAUACGGUAGGACAUGUGCAUUGACGAUGUAUAAUGGGGCAAAGCCAAACUCAUGUUGCUCUGUUGAAUCAGAACUCUUUUUGUGGCGUACAGCAUUAAUGGAAAAUGCUGGGGGUUUUUAAUUUUAAUUUUUACAUUUAGAGUGCCUUAUAUUUGAUGCCUAUUUUGAUAGCAUUUCUUCGAGUUUUGUUCCGUCUGUAUUUGCAUUAGUUGAACUCACAUUUCUCUGUCUCACCCUUCCCCCAAACCCCUUUCUUCGAUUAAAAAGCAUUAGCUUUUCAACACAUGUACAAAGAGGUCUUUUAAGAAUAUGCAUUCCUGGUGUUAAAUAUUAAUCCAUGUUUAUCCCAAGCAGUUGGGUAGUCAGGGGCUGUUUAUCCGGGUGCGAGUCCUCCCAGUCUGCUUUCGUAACCAUUGCAUUGGUUAUCAGAAGCCAGGAGCACCAUGCUGAAAAGAGAAGGUAGAUACCCCUUAAUAGACAUCGGAGCAGCGAUUAGAAUGGGUCUUGAGUCAUAUCCAUGCACACGAAUUUUCACCGGAGGCCAAAGCAUGUUCACUUUACUCAGGCUAAAAGGCCUCCUGAAAUAAGCUGGGUCAGGCAAGCGGACAGAGGGCGUAAAUGUAAGGAAGAUUAUAUAUGACCCCCUCAUUGUGGACGGUACAAAACAUUUUGAGGCACUAUAAUGGAAGCCAUUUGCUCUUGCAUUGGUCUGGGUUCAGCCUAGCACCAUGUUGGAACAUAAAUAUCAAAAGAAUUAUUUUAAAUGUGGUUUAAAAAAAAAAAAGGAUCACCAAGGAAGUGAUUAGUUGAUCUUUCUCUCUCUUUUUCCAUGUUUCCCAUCGCUACCAGAAAUAAAUAUAUUAAAAGACCAAACACUAGAAAGCAUUCUAUUUGAGCACUUUUAUAUAUAAAAAUGCAAAAAUGGGGGGAAUUAAGCAUAUAUAUGUAUAAUAAUUAAUAAUAAUAAUAAUAAUAAAGUAUUAUAGAAGGCUACCUCAGAAUGAGAUUCUCUAACUUACAUCAGAAUCAGAGAAGAAUGUGCACUAUAUGUUUCCUUUUGUUUUGUUUUUUAUUUGUUUCUGUCGAAAUAGUAUUUUUUAAAGUGCCAGAUUAUGCAGCGAACUCAUGCUUUUAGCCAAAAGUACCCGUUUUCAGACACUCACAGUGGGAAAAAAUGCUACAUUUUAGAAGCAUAGAGGAAAGACAUGUCUGCACAGGACCUUUCUGUGUUCUGGACUUGUAAGCGCAAGAUUGGAAGUGCGUGACAAAAUGCCGAUGACAACAACCCCAUUUUGCAUGGCGUUCAAGUGCGUCCUUGCUCUGUAUAGAAAUCUGCAGUGGUCACUGCAGACUGCGCAUGGGGGGUCAUGCGGCUUGUGAGGUCAGGAUGUACACGGAAGAGCAUAAAAAAAGAAAAUCCAUGUGCAGACAUACACUAGGCAGGCCAGUUGCUCAUGAAAACAAUUGGCCUUUUUUCUGCAAAAAACAAAAACAAAAAUCAUUUGAUUUAUUCAAAAAAAGCGUUGUAUGAAAUCACUAGUGAGGGGUGAACGUUUUCACGUGACAAGAAGAGGAAGAAAUAGCCGCACAUAUUCCCGUCAAAACUGCUAUUCAGGAGUUGCUUCUAAUGAGGAACUCUCUCCAAAUCAUUGAUGUGCAUUCCAUUUUCUGUAUCUUUGCUGUGCAGUGAUUUCUCUCUCUCUCUCUUUCUCUCUCUCUCUUUAAUUAGUAGGUGUCAUUAUCUGCCAUUUACCAAGCUCAGAAUUCGGUUUCAUCAGCAUAACCAGUACGGUGCUAUUAUUUACCUAUGUAUGUGUAGUUAUGUAUAAUUUUGUAAUUAGUUAACAAUGGAGAAAUACGCAAAAUAUAUAAAAAAUUAUUUGUACAGAACUUUUAUUUUAGCUCCUUUUUUUAAUAAAAAAGAAAGAAAAAAAACCUGGUUUGCAUGGUUAGACGUUGGCAAGGAUGGCUGGGGGAAGGAAGGGGUUACUCUAGGGAGAUUUGCACUUUCUAUACCUUUGUACUAUGCACUGCCCUAUUGAUUCUACACCCAAUAGUAUUAUUACUUGAACCCAUCUGUAAGGAAAACUGCUUAUGAAAAUCCACUUGUGUGUAUGUAAAUAACACAAAACAUGUUUAAAGGGGGGGAGGGUGUUUGCAGGGGCAACAACAAGAUGCAAGUUCCCUCCUCCUUAUAAAUUUUAUUUUCUCCCCCGCUCCUCUUAUGGUUUUGUGAUCUCUCUUUUCGUUUUCGUUUUCGAGUGCCCUGAUACUCCCAACAGAAUAUCAGAAGGCUGCAGCUCCCGUCAUCCAUCUUGUUACGUGGCUUUGCCAUUCAAGCUUGGAGUGUCUUUACAAAGAUAAUACAAGUUGUGUUCUUUGCUCUCGUUUUGGAUGCCUAGACUGAAAACAAAAACAAAAAAAAUCAAAAUAAAAAAAUUACCUUGUAAAAUGGCUUGUUAAAAAAAAAUACAAUUACCUCUAAUUAGUAGUACGCGUAAAUGUUUUACAGAAUGAAAGGCGUGCUUUUUAUUUUCUUACUUCGUUACAUUGGUGGCGAAAGAAAGUCUGUAUGAAAAUCAGUUAUUUGCUGACACAAGUUCCAUUUGUUACAAAAGAAUUCUAAUAAAAAUGUCAGUGUUAUGCAG